AUGCUUUCCCGCUCACGGUUGGUGGCGAUAUCGUCACUCCUCUUUACCUAUCUCAUCACGACCUACCAUGGCUCGUCGUCAAUAUCCAAGUCCAUAAGUGUCUUUGCCGCCAUCGCGCUGCUGGAAGGAUUUGUGCUUGGCGUCUGGUCCAUCAUCCUAUACCCCAACUUUUUCUCUCCCCUGCGCCAUCUACCUCAACCUAAAGAUGGCAACUCUUGGUUUAUGGGCCAGUUUAAGAUUAUCCGUGAACUGCCUUCCGGCUACCCACACCGUAAAUGGAUCCGUGAGGUGCCCAACGAGGGUAUCAUACGUUACCUAGGAGCCUUCAACCAAGAGCGUCUGUUCAUCAAUGGAGACAAGGCGCUAGCAGAGGUGCUCGUCCACCGCAAUUAUGACUUUAAUAAGCCACCCGAGCUCAAGACCUUUCUGGGCCGGAUCCUAGGAGUUGGCGUCUUGGUCGCAGAGGGCGACGAACACAAGAGACAGCGCCGAAAUCUCUUACCCGCUUUUGCAUUUAGACACAUCAAGGAUCUGUAUCCCGUCUUUUGGCGAAUUGGCCGCAGUGGAGUCCAGGCCAUGACCGAGUCUAUCCUGGCAGAUGCCAAGAAUAAGAACAUCUCGACAGAUGCUGAAGAAGCUCUUGCGAACCGCGAAAACACAGCCGUCAUCGAGGUGGGUAAUUGGGCAUCGCGGGCCACGCUGGACAUUAUCGGCGUGGCAGGGAUGGGCCGCGAUUUCAAUUCCAUCAGGGAUCCCAACAACGAGAUCAAUGAGCGUUACCGAACGGUUUUCCAGCCCUCGAAGCAGGCUCAAAUACUGAACCUCUUGUCCUUGUUCUUGCCUGCUUUCGUCAUCAAGAAUCUGCCAGUAAAGCGUAACAACGACAUUGAAUCAGCGGCCAAGAUCAUCAAGUCGGUCUGUCGGGACCUCGUCGUCGAGAAGAAGGAGAAGCUUGCAAGGAAGGAGCUGACCGACGUCGACAUCUUGUCGGUUGCCAUUGAGUCGGGUGGCUUCUCCGAUGAAGAUCUGGUCAACCAGCUAAUGACAUUCCUCGCUGCCGGACACGAAACCACCGCUGCAGCAAUGACGUGGGCAGUCUACAUGUUGUCCAGAUAUCCAGAGAUGCAAAAGCGAUUACGAGAGGAGGUCCGGGAACACCUACCCUCGGCCGACGUGGAUCAGGACGUGGAUAGCUUGCAAAUCGACCGCCUGCCCUACUUGAACGCUGUCUGUAACGAGGUGUUGCGGUACUAUCCCCCGGUGCCGUUGACGGUUCGCCAAACCGUGCGCGACACGAGCAUCCUAGGACACCACAUUCCCAAGGGUGUCCGGGUCAUCCUCCCGCCCGCGGCUAUUAACCUGGACAAGGAGCAAUGGGGACCCGACGCCGGAGAGUUCAACCCAGACCGGUGGAUUCCCAAGGACGAGACGGACAAGUCGGCCGCCAGUGGAGGAGCCACCAGCAACUAUGCUUACAUGACCUUCCUACACGGACCCAGGAGCUGCAUCGGGUCAUCUUUUGCAAAGGCCGAGUUUGCGUGUCUGUUGGCACAGUGGGUUGGGCGUUUUGAAUUUGAACUGUACAACAAGGAGGAAUUUGACGAAUCCAAGGUCCUGAUCAAGGGUGGUAUCACGGCAAGGCCUGCCAAGGGCAUGUAUGUGUAUGCUAAGGUUGUCGAUGGCUGGUAG